AUGAUUUAUUUACUUCUUUUAAGUGUUUCAUUUGCAAUAUUAGUUAAUGUAACAUUUAAUCCAUCGAUGAAUAGAGUUAUUAUUCAUACAUACAUUGAUGAGUAUGGAGAGUAUCCAUAUACAUUUAUAACAUCACAUUUAAUAAACGAUUCUAAUUCAUAUUCAUUAGAUGGAAUAUUACCAUUUGCAGAAACAAUUCAAUUAACGUUAACAACAAGAGAAGGGAUAACACGACCCAAUGUAGUUCAAUCGAAUACAACAGUAAUAGCUGUUCAUAAUAAAGUAUUUGAGAUAUAUGAUAUCUCAAACCAACCAGCAUAUUUAGUGACGACAAGAGAACAAGAUUUUGAUAAAGAUAGUGAUAUGACUCUUGUCCAUAGAAAACAAGGAGAUAUAAUCUUUUUAUGUAAAAACUCGUUAUUAAAUGAAUAUAAUAUUCAUCUCCAACAUCAACUCUCAACUAAUAUUUGGUGUGGGAAAUCAAUUAGUGGAGGAAAUGAAAUGAUUGCUGUAAAAGGAAAUAGAACUAAUGUCAAAUUAUAUGAAAUAGAUAAAACAAAAGGAGAAUUAUAUUAUUACGGUAGUGUUUCAUAUCCAUAUUCAGAAACAUUUAAUUAUGACCCAAUUAGAAUGAAUAAAUUUAAUGUACUUUAUGCACCGAUUACAGGUUUAAAUAGACUUCAAGUUAAUUCACCAAAUGAUUUUUAUAAAAAUGGAGAAACAAUAAUAAUACCAUUUUAUAAUUCAAUAAAUAAUUCAGUAUUAUACAAUCCAACUGGAUCACAACUUAUUUAUACUUAUGGAAGUCUUAUAAUUAUUGGAACACCAUUUACUAAUAAAGGAAUAAAUUAUAAUAGUGGAGGAGCAAUUUUAUAUUAUGAUUAUUAUCUUACAGACCAACCAAUUAGAUUUAAAAAAUUAUGGGAGUAUAGUGGAAAUAUUUCAUCACAAUUUGCAGGAUGGAGUGUUGGAAUAAGAAGUGGAUAUGUAUUUAUUGGAGGAGCAAUAAAUACAAAUGAAAAAGGAAUCAUAAAACAAGAAAUAAUGAUCAAUAUAACAGAAACAUUAAAAGAAUAUUGUGUAGGACAACAGUGUUCAUGUCCAAAGGGAUAUAUAUUUUAUAAUAAUAAUUGUAUGGUUAGUCUUGAUACAAAUCAUAUGAUAUUAACAUUAUGUUGUAUUGCAAUUGGAAUAUUAAUAUUUAUUAUUAUAUUAAUAAUUUUAUUAGAUGGUUAUAAUAAAGCAUUACAAGAAACAGGAAUAAGUGGAACAUCAUUUACUAUUUCACCAUCAGAAAUUCAAUUAAAUGGAAAUGUUUGUGAAAAUCAAAUAUUUAAUAUUUUUAUUACAAAUAGAGAAUCAAAUUCAAUUACUUUAUUUAUUAAUUCUCAUAAAUGUUGUAUUAAUGUAGAAACAACUGAAAUCCUUAUUCCACCAAGAUCAACACAAAAAUGUUCAAUAAAUGUAAUUCCAUUAUGUUCAAGAGCAACAAUUGAUAUAUUAAUUGGACAAAAUGAAAAUGAUUAUAUUGAAUUACCUGUAUCAUUUAUUAGCAAUGAAGAUAAUAUUUAUUGUAGUGAUGAUUUAAUUAUUACAACUGAAAAUGAAUUAACAAUUAACAAAUAUCCUCCUUUCUCUUUUACUUUAUCUAAAGAAAUUAUUAAUCGUUUUGAAUUCUCUCAAAUAUCUAAUUUUCUUGUUCCAAUUAAAAAAUGUUGUAUUCAUCCAAAUUUAAUUAUUAUGACUGACCAUUUUCAUACUAUUUGUUCUUCUGAUAAUAUCCUUAAUAUUUUAUUAGAUGUUGCUAAAGGUUUAGAUGAAUUACAUAAAAAUAAUUUUAUUCAUCAAAACAUUACUUUAGACUCUUUUGUUGUUGACUCUUUUGGUAAUGGUAAAUUAUCUGAUUAUUGGAUUCCUACUCUUUUAACUACCUCUAUUUAUACUCCUCCUGAAGUUUUAAAUGGUCUUCCUUUUACUAAAUCUGGUGAUGUUUUUAGUUUUGCUAUCGCCUGUAUUUUAUCUUGUGGUGGUUCUGUUGGUUCUAUUCCUUUUUCAAUUAACAACGUCUCUUUCCCUGCUUUAUUAGAAAAUUGGAAAGAUUUAUUAACACAAAUGCUUAAUCCAAAUUGUCAACUACGACCUGAUAUCUCUUCUAUUGUAUUAUCUUGGUCUAAAAUAAUUUAA